CAGCAGGAAACAGACGUCUGUUGAGUCAAAAUGUCGACCGUGAUCCUUCUGUCUGGAGUGGGUUAGCAUGAAACCUAUCCGAUUAAGUCUAUUAUGGCACGGUUCGGCUCUUAUUAAUCGGAUCAGUCGUUUUUAUCAUUAAGAAGAGUCCGUCUAAACAAGCGGGGACGCGUUUAGAUGCUGUCAGGAGGAGAUGGCAGGCUGUAGAGUCGAGUGUUUGUGGAAACGUCAUGUUAUCGAGCAGCUGAAGCAGAGAGACAGAGUUCAGCGUCAGGCCUUUGAGGAAAUCAUCCACCAGUAUAACCGGUUGUUAGAGAAGUCUGAUCUUCAGGUUGUUUUUUCUGAACGUCUCCAGACCGAGAAAUAUGAGCAGCAGAACAGACACGACCUCAGUCCGGGCGUCGAGGGCGGCCCAACAGAUAAACUUCACAAAUAAAUAGAACAAAACAUAAAUAGGAGCUGACAGAACCUCACAAAAAUACAAAAGAAACGAGGAGAGUUGGCUCAGAGCGUGAUUGAACUAAACAACCAGAUUCAGCAGAAAGACAAAGAGAUCCAGAGUAAUGAAGCCAAGAUGCUGGAGUAUCAGCAGCAGGUCUCUCAUCUGGAAGGAGAGGGUCGCGAGCUCCGCAACUCUCUGGCCGAUCUGGAACGAGCCAAUCAGACGCUUCGAGACGAGUACGACGCCCUGCAGAUCACGUUCAGCGCCCUGGAGGAGAAACUACGGAAAACCACAGAGGACAAUCAGGAGCUGGUGACACGCUGGAUGGCCGAGAAAGCGCAGGAGGCCAACAAACUCAACGCUGAGAACGAGAAGGACUCCAGGUCACAAACACACACUCUGUUCAACUCUCCUUCUUACCUAAAGUCUAUACACACAGAGGAUGCUGGGAAGGGAACGGGUGGAGCAGGUGAAACGUCACCGAGCAGACAGUCCAGUCGCACACCCAGCAGACGAGUGUCUCAGCCUCCUCCUCCUGCUGGACUGCUGGAUUCCAUCUCUAAUAUCUUUGGCUUGUCUGAUUCUGUCCAACCUGGUUUCGUCCCAUCUGACUCCAGAAGGCGUCGCUCAGUGAAUUCGUUCGGCUCGUCUCCUGAGAGUGCAGAGGUGCCGUCGGCCUGCGCUGAUGUCAGAGUUCCCUCCACUGCGCUGCACAUCUUUGACGCCCACGAUGGAGAAGUGAACGCGGUGAGGUUCAGUCCCGGUUCCCGUCUGCUUGCCACGGGAGGAAUGGACCGCAGGGUGAAGCUCUGGGAGGUCAUUUCUGGACGAUGUGAACCUAAAGGUGCGCUGACGGGCAGUAAUGCUGGAAUCACCAGCAUAGAGUUUGAUAGUGCGGGCUCGUAUCUAUUGGCUGCGUCGAAUGAUUUUGCCAGCAGAAUCUGGACGGUUGAUGACUACAGACUGCGGCACACACUCACAGGGCACAGUGGGAAGGUUUUAUCCGCUCGGUUUCUCCUCGAUAACACUCGGAUCGUCUCCGGCAGCUACGAUCGAACGCUCAAGCUCUGGGACUUGCGCAGCAAAGUCUGCAUGAAGACAGUGUUUGCUGGUUCUAGCUGUAAUGACAUCGUCUGCACGGAGCAGUGUGUGAUGAGCGGACACUUCGAUAAGAAAGUUCGUUUCUGGGACAUCAGGUCGGAGAGUAUCGUGCAUGAGCUGGAGCUGCUGGGACGUGUUACAUCUUUGGACCUCAAUCACGACCGGACCGAGCUGCUGAGCUGCUCUCGUGACGAUCUGGUGAAGAUCAUCGACCUGCGCAGUAAUGCAGUGCGGCAGACGUUUAAUGCUGAAGGUUUUAAGUGUGGUUCAGACUUCACCAGGGUCACGUUCAGUCCUGAUGGGAGUUACGUGGCGGCCGGUUCUGCAGACGGCGUUCUGUACAUUUGGAACGUUCUGACGGGGAAACUAGACAAAACCCUUGAUAAAGGUCACAGCUCUGCCAUAAAUUCGGUGUCCUGGUCUCCGUCGGGCACGUAUGUGGCCAGCGUUGAGAAAGGCAGCAAGGCCGUGCUUUGGUCUGACAUGUGACUCUUCAGCGAUUGGAUGAAACGGACUGUAAAGACAGAAGGAAAGUCCCACUGGCCUCUUGAACUACCUUUCCCACAAUGCCAUCUGUUUGGCUAUCUGUGUACGUGUGUUGCCUGCCUGUAUGAUCGCACAGCACUGUACACACAUACAUAUUUAUAUCAGUCUGUCUCACAUACACUCUCGAUGUGAGAUGACUGAGAUUACACAAGUGACUCUCACGGUCCUACAUGACUCUUACUGCUUGUUUUAACACUGCUUUAAAUAGUGUUUACUGUCAGAGUUUAUGCUUUUGCCUUUAUACAGAUACAGGCCAUUAAGCUGUGUGUGUGUGUUGAAUGCAGUUCUAGUUGAGCUCUAUGGAUGGCACUGUUCAAUAUUUUUCCUAAAGUUCUGGAAAUCCCACAUCUCCCCAUGAAUAAAAUGCAUUUAUUGAA